AUGGCUUUGGAGGGCGAGUUAGGAGAGAAGAAGCAAGAGGGCACCGAGUGUCUCUUAAAGAUGCAAAACCAGCGUGGCGCCCACAUUCUCUGCCAGGACAUGCUGAAGCCUCCCAAGAUGAGUGGGUGCCUGCAGACCCCCUUGGAAAAACUCACCAUAACGCAUUGCCAGCGCCUGACCCACUCAGACCUGACACACCUGUUCCAGUGCCCGAACCUCAGGCAGCUGAAGUCCUUGCGUCUGUAUUGUGCCAGCCUCGCUGACUUUAGUCCUGAGCCCCUCCAAGCUCUGCUGGAGGCAGUGGCACCCACCCUCCAGGUCCUGGGCCUUGAUAAGUGUGCCAUGGUGGACUUCCAAGUCGAGGCCAUCCUGCCUGUCCUGAGCCGCUGUCACCAGCUCACAUUCAUCAACAUCACUGAGAACGACUUGUCCUUGGCCACCGUGGGGAAGCUGCUGCGCCACACAGCAGAAGAUGAGGCUCAAAGGCUUGGCUUGAAAACGUUGCCUUGUUCCCUGGUUGUUUCUACAGGAUUACUUUGGAGCACCUUGAGAAUGAGCAUCAAGACCCCACCCACACUCCUGCACCAGGCAGGGGAGAGCCUGCUGAGGGACCAGGCCUUGGCCAUCGCAGCUCUGGAGCACCUGCCCGCUGAGCUCUUCCCGCAGCUGUUCAUUCAGGCCUACCGAAGUAGACGUCUCCAGGUCCUGAAGGCGAUGUCACAAGCCUGGCCCUUCACUGUCCUCCCUCUGGGCGGUCUGCCAGACCUGUCACUGGACGAGGUCUUCAAAGCCAUAUUGGAUGGGCUUGACCUUCUGCUUGCCCAGGAAGUUCGCCCCAGGAGGUGCAAACUGCGGGUGCUGGAUUUAAGGGACAGGGGUUCUGACUUCUGGAGAAUGUGGUUUGGAUGCAGCACCCAGAAGCGCUCACCGAUGGUACCAGUGGCUGUGCACAGGUCCAGCCCCAACAUGGAACACCCCUUAGCUCCCGUGGAGGUGUUUCUAGACCUUAACUUUAAUGAAUGGGAUAGAUAUUCAUUUCUCCUGUACGUCAUCCAAUGGGCCAAGCAGAGGGAAGGGCUGCUACACCUGUGCUGCAAGACGCUGAGGAUUGCUGCGGUGCCCUUCCAACGGCUGGGGAAGGUCCUGGAUGUGGUGCAGCUGGACUGUAUCCAGGCGGUGGAACUGAACUGCAUUUGGGACCUGCCCACCCUGGGGACGUUUGCUCUUUACCUGGGGCAGAUGAGGAACCUGCAGAAACUCUCUCUCUCCCACAUCCACAUGUUGGCAGGAGAGGAGGACAAUGAAGAAGAGGAGGAGGAAGAGGAACAGGGUGAAGAAGAGUGGGAGAGGGAGGAACAGCAAUGUUUUCACCAAUUACUCUCUCAGAUCCUCAGACUGCAGCACCUCCGAGAGCUCCACAUGGAUUCUCCCUGCUUCCUCCUAGGCCGUCUGGACCAGAUGCUCAGCUGCCUGCAGACCCCCUUGGACAGACUCUCCAUAAAAAAUUGCCGGCAUUUGAUGCAUUCAGACCUGACACACCUGUUCCAGUGCCCAAAAAUAAGGCAGCUGAAGACUCUGUAUCUGUUUGCUCUCAGCCUCAAACAUUUUAAGCCAGAGCCCCUCCGAGCUCUGCUGGAGGCUGUGGCACCCACCCUCCAGGACCUGGGCUUAGACAACUGUGAGAUGGUGGACUCCCAAGUCGAGGCCAUGCUGGCUGUCCUGAGCCGCUGUCAUCAGCUCAGAUUCUUCACAAUCACUGGGAACGACUUGUCUUUGACCACCCUGGAGAAGUUGCUGCGCCACACAGCUGGGCUGAGCAGCUUAGAGCUGGAGCUGUACCCCGUCCCCCUGGAGUGUUACACAACCCAGGGGACUGUCAAGAAGGACAGACUUGCCCUGGUUCGGGCUGAGCUGACAGGGAUUCUGAGGGAGUUAGGAAAGCCCAGGAUCAUCUCUCUUGGCACCAAGUACUGUCAACAACGUGGCAUCAGUAAAUUUUAUAAAGUGGAGUUUUGA